AUGGAUGUGAACACGGCGCUCCAGAUGGUGCUCAAGAAGGCACUCGCCCACGAUGGCCUUGCUCGCGGUCUGCACGAGACUGCCCGCGCUCUCGACCGCGGCGAGGCCCAGCUGUGUGUGCUGGCGGAGGACUGCAACCAGCCCGACUACAAGAAGCUGGUGGAGGCCCUGUGCGCGGAGCACGGCGUCAGCCUGCUCUCUGUGCCCGAGGCCAAGCAGCUGGGCCAGUGGGCUGGGCUGUGCAAGAUCGAUGCUGAGGGCGAGGCGCGCAAGGUUGUGGGCUGCUCUUCCGUCGUGGUGACUGACUAUGGCGAGGAGACUGCCGGCCUCUCCAUCGUCCAGGAGUACCUCAAGAACGUGAGCCCAUUUUCCAUCAAUUACUGA